UCCUGUGCCAGCUGUAAUGAAGGAGUCUUCCUGGCUGGCGAAAAGGAGACGAUGCAGAACCUCAACGACCGCCUGGCUGCCUACCUGGACAAAGUGCGUGCCCUGGAGGAGGCCAACACUGACCUGGAGGUCAAGAUCAGGGAGUGGUACAAGAAGCAGGGACCUGGUCCAGACCGCGACUACAGCCCCUACUACAGGACUAUCGAGGAGCUCAGGAACAAGGUGCUGGUGGCCACAGUUGACAACGCUAACCUCCUCCUGCAGAUCGACAACGCCAGGCUGACAGCCGAUGACUUCAGGACCAAGUUUGAGACGGAGCAGGCUCUGCGCCUGAGCGUGGAGGCCGACAUCAACGGCCUGCGCAGAGUCCUGGACGAGCUGACCCUGGCCAGAGCUGACCUGGAGAUGCAGAUCGAGAACCUGAAGGAGGAGCUGGCCUACCUCAAGAAGAACCACGAGGAGGAGAUGAACGCCCUGCGUGGGCAGGUGGGGGGAGAGAUCAGCGUGGAGAUGGAUGCUGCUCCUGGAAUCGACCUCACCAAGAUCCUGGCGGAGAUGCGGGAGCAGUACGAGAGCCUGGCGGACAAGAACCGCAGGGACGCCGAGCAGUGGUUCUUCAGCAAGGGGCCGGCUCCCUGCUGGGUGGGGGGCACGCAGGAGCGCGGGGCAGGGGAGGCAGGGCUGCUGCCGUCCCUCCCACCCUCCGUGCCCCCUGAACCCGUCCCUCUCCUCUGCACGCAGAAAGCGGCGCUGGAGGGCACCUUGGCCGACACAGAAGCCCGCUACGGCACCCAGCUGGCCCAGCUGCAGGGGCUGAUCACCGGCGUGGAGGAGCAGCUGGCCGAGCUGCGGUGUGACAUGGAGCGCCAGAACCACGAGUACAGGGUCCUCCUGGACGUCAAGUGCCGCCUGGAGCAGGAGAUCGCCACGUACCGCCGGCUCCUGGAGGGCGAGGAUGCCCACAUGUCUUCCCACUAUGUCUCCCAGCCUGUGAAAGAAGCACCUGUAACCACCCGUCAAAUCCGCACAAUCUUCGAGGAAGUCCAGGACGGGAAGGUGAUUUCGUCCCGGGAGCAGAUCACGCAGGCUGCCCGCUGA